AGUGACUGAAAAAUUGAAGACUAAAUGUUGAUGAUGAAGUUACAGUGGUUGAUAGUAUUGACGCUGUUUGUUCACAAUGCCUGGGCUUACAGUCUGUAUGACGAGCUUGAUGAUGACAAUCUUUGGCGACGCGAGACCCCAAGCACAGAGAACGAAGGCAAGCCAGAAUGCAAAAAAGAUAUUCUUGUUUUGUGGGACAACUCCAAUAGCAUUAGCCCACAUUACGAAGAUGUGUUCAAAUUCAUGAAGAAACUUAUCAGAAAUAAAGAUUUGAACGUGGGAGAAGAUGGCACGCACCUUGGCUUCAUCACAUUCUCCGAUGGACAAAGUUUAGAUCUACGCAGAAAAGAGCGGACUAAAGAUAAAAAAAAUCAUACAAGAGUACUGUUGAAAGUUGGCGAAAUUACAGAUCCGGAAAAGAUUAUAGAUAACCUGUCGGGUUACGAUUAUGACAAGGACAACAAAAACCAAGCAGUUCGAACACAGCUAUUUCAUUAGAACGUGUAGGUUAUGGAACAGUUUACCAACCUCAGUAAAGGAAGUAAAAUC